UGCGACUUCCGCCCGAUGGUGUGUCCGAAUCGCUGCGGCCAAACGGUCCGCGCCAUCGACGUCGACAGUCACCUGAGCGAGUGUAGCUACCGGUUCGUGCCAUGCACCAUCGGCUGCGGGCGGCGCGUCCGGGCGUGCGACAUGGUCGAACACGUCAGUGGUCUCUGCACCAAGCGCGCUGUGCCGUGUGAGUGGUGUGGCACGCAAGGCAUUGUCGCAACUCUCUUGGUGCUCCACCAGCGCACCGAGUGCUCGCAUCGCAUCCAGGCCUGCGGUGUAUGUGGUGACGGCGGUAUCCUCGCGCUCGAUAUGACGACCCACAAGACGGCAAAGUGCCGCAUGCGGCCGGUCGAGUGCGUCUUUCGGCGGGACGGCUGCAUGAAGACACCGCUGCUGGCCCAUGAAAAGACGCAGCACGAAACGUUCGAAUGCAAGUACCGUACGAUCUGGUGCCCACUGGGCUGCAACGAGCACCUCGUGGCGCGCCACCUCAAGGCGCACGAAGCCAUGUGCCCGAUGCGCUUCGUGGUCUGCACCUUGGGCUGCGGCGCCGAGUUGCGCGAAAAGGAUCGGUUCGAGCACGAAGCAUAUGCGUGUAGUUACAACAACAAAAAGUGA